AUGGGGCUGGAUACUAUCGUGAGAAACGGUCUCAUUGUCACGGAAAGCGGCGUGCUUCCUGCCGGGCAAGAAAUUGGAAUCUCCAACGGGAAAAUAUCUCUCAUAGGAUUUGGCCUGCCUGAAGGCCCCGAGACCAAGAUCAUUGAUGCGCAAGGCGCAUAUAUCACACCUGGCGGUGUCGAUUCACAUGUGCAUCUGGCGCAAAGAAAUGCACCGACUGGAGACACCUGGGAGACUGGCACGCGCAGUGCAGUCGCCGGAGGUACUACGACCGUACUUGCAUUUGCAUCGCAAACGAAGGAGAUGACAUCCUUGUUCCCCGUCCUCGAAGAGUAUCACGAAAAAUCUCGUGGCCAAAGCUACUGUGAUUACGGGUUUCACUUUAUUCUCACGAAUCCCAGCGAGACAAUCCUUUGGCAGGAAUUGCCUCGUAUUGCCAAAGAAGAAGGCAUAACAAGUGUCAAACUUUACAUGACUUACGAGUUGUACAAACUGUCCGACCGUCAACUCCUCGAUACUAUGCUUGCAUGCCGGUCGCUGGGACUGACGACUAUGAUUCAUGCUGAGAACAGCGACAUGAUCAAUUUCCUGAUCCAGGGCCUUGAGAGAAAUGAGAACACGGCCCCUUUCUUCCACGCGAUCUCGGCACCAAAAAUUGCUGAAGACGAAGCGUCAUACCGUGCCAUUCGACUUGCAGAAUUGGUUGAUGCUCCGGUGCUACUAGUUCACGUUUCUUCCGAUGGAGCCAUGAAGCAUAUCAGGGAAGCGCAGACGAGAUUACUCCCGAUCCAUGCAGAGACAUGCCCCCAUUAUCUGUUCCUAUUGUCUGAUAAACUGGCAAACCACGAGCACGAUGCCUUCCAUGGUGCCAAGGGGGUGUGCUCCCCUCCACUUCGCCACAACCCAGAAGACCUCGAAGCUCUCUGGCGCGGAAUUUCAAACGACACAUUCACGAUAUUCUCGUCGGACCACGCGCCCACCAAAUACGACCAUCCUCAAGGGAAAAAAGCUGGAAUAAUCGACGGAAUCCCCAAAUUUAGUAAAAUUCCGAAAGGAAUCCCAGGAAUUGAGACCCGCCUAUCUCUUCUUUUCAGUGAAACAGAAGGAUGUCUUCCGAAGGAGCGAGCCCGUCUGAGCCUGGCUCGUUUUGUGCAACUCACAUCGGGCAAUCCGGCUAGGCUGUAUGGGCUAACGCGGAAGGGAUCCAUUAUGCCAGGAUUUGAUGCAGAUCUAGUUGUCUGGCAUCCACACAACCAAGGCGAGAAAACGAUUGCACAGGAGAAACUCCACCACGGGGUUGAUUAUACGCCAUUUGAAGGGAUGCGUGUUCGGAAUUGGCCUCGCCUUACGAUGUUGCGGGGUGAGAUUGUAUGGGAUGCGGACAAGGAUAGUGUGACUGGAGUGAAGGGAUUUGGAAAUUUCUUAAAGAGAGAAAAUGGUCGCCUUCUGGUUGGAAAGCUUGGUCAACUGCCCGCCGGGAUGAUCGAGGGAGAGCGAGAUUUGUGGCGGCCCAGGCCUGUGGCAUGA